GAGAACCCAACUAGAGUAUCAAAUUUUGCCAGGAUUAAUUGAACAGGAAAAAGCAAGCAGUUUCAACCAAAUAAACCUUCAACAAAAGCGCAAGCAGCCGUAGCACUGACAAGUGGCAGGAUGACAGAAGCAAUACAAAACGAGUUGUUGAGACUUGAAGCCGAAAGUUCCGCAAGCUGAGAUGGAAGUAAUUUGGUUUGAGUUGCUUGAAAGAGGAGACAUAAAGAGGCUUUGGGAUGAGAAGAUGAAUGAAGAGAAAAUCCAUGGUCUUGAGGUGCAGAAAGUGUAUCUUGAUGCAGUUAGUGAUUUGGAGCAGGAGAAGGUCGUUCAAGAAAAACAUUAUGCGAAGAAUUUAAAUGAGAAAGCAGCUAUGGACUGUCAGAGGCAAUUGCUUCUCAGUCUCAAGGAAGAGGUCAAUGAGAUGUCAGAAAAGCUUGCAUCUGAGAGGGCUUUGUAUGUGGUUGAGCAGUGUGAUUUGCGAGAUAUGCUUAGUGAUUUAGAAUCCAAGCAGGAAGGAAUGCUCGAUACAAUUGAAAUGAUUUAUUGGACCUUAUAGAGGAGAACGAUAUCAUUUACCACAAUUUCGAAUGGGUCGUCGACCAACAGACAGUAAAGAGGUAUUCAACUAAGCACAUUCUUCUCUUUGAAGUGUCAUUGAAACGCACUUUUAGUGUUUGGAAGAAAAAAUGAAAAAUUUUGAGAGACAUGCCUAAUUAUUCAUUUACGGAGCAAGUAAAAAUAGUUAUUGCAACAAUUGCGCUUCAUAACUAUAUUAGGAUGCAUGAUAAGCGU